UAAAUCAAAUUUUUACAUAAAUACUAAUUUAUAGAGAAAUUUUAAUAAAAGUAAAUAAAAAUCAAAGCAAAACAUACGGUGGAUGGCGUUUUAAAAAUCUAAUGGUAUUACAACGUAAUAUAAUAAUAAAAAAAAUCUCGGUGUUUGGAUAGGAAGAGAAAAAACUUACUACAUGAAAAGGCCAACUCACUUGCGUGGCGUUAUGAAGUCAUAGAUAAAGAAAAAAAGAAACCAAAACAAAAAAGAAUUAAAUAGAUAUAUUAGAAAAUACUUUUCAGUUUUUUACGAAAUUUGAUACUAUAUGCGACGAAAGGUUCAUUAACUCUUCUCCGCUUGUGGUUUCAACAAAUACGAAAGAGUGCGUGCAGAUGAUUGAUUUUUCUUACAAUAACUUUUCCUGAUAGUCAACCUUAUUAACACUAUCAUCAUACUUAUAUACCUAUAUAGAAGAGUGCAGUAGAGGUGCUUCGUAAUUCAUUGCAAAUGCUUUAAAGUCUACAAAACAUUUUAAAUAGCUAACCAAACGAGCUCAGCGCCAUGGAAACAAUACUUAAUUUAAGUAGAAGUGAUGACGAUAGCUAUAUAUGCAAAACUUUAGAUAAACGUUCAUUAUUUAUAAGUGCCUAUAAUGGCAUACCUGGGACUUUGUUACUUAACGUUGUCGCUUGGUUUCUAUUAGUCGGAUUAUUUACCGUACUUCGUCAUCAGGCCGGUGACUAUGGUCGUUUAAGACUUGUCAACAGUAAUGGUAAUCGUAAACGUUGGACUGAAAUUUUCUAUUCGCGUGGUGCUGUCAAUUUAGAAUUACCGCAUUCAUCCAAGCAUAAUAAUCAACAAACGCAGGAACGUAAUACAUCCGUAUUUUCAAAGGCAAAUGGUAACCUAGAAGAGGGCAGAAGUAAUAUUUCUUCACAGAAUGGUGCAGACUUAACACCGUUGCCAACAACAGAACAUGAUGGUAUAUUCUUGUGGAUUAUCGUAACUUGGAAAUUACGCAAAGAAGAAAUUAUUUCUCAUUCCGGACCUGAUGCUGUUUACUAUUUGUCUUUUCAAAAGCAUCUUAUGAUGGUUAUGGGAAUUAUUACGUUGGUCUCACUUUUUGUUAUAUUACCGGUGAAUUUCUGGAAUGGCCCAACAAGUGAUGAAUACGAUAUAAAUGCUUUUGCACGUACCACCAUGGCUAACUUAACACCCGACUCACCUUGGCUAUGGGUUCACGUCAUGAUCACCAUUAGCUAUGUGCCUUUAAUUGUAUUGAUCAUGCGUCGUUCAUCGGGUAGAAAUGCUUCGAAGAAAGCUGCAUCACGUACCAUUAUGAUAACAAAUAUUUCACCUAGCGAUCGUAAUAAAACUGUUGUACGCAACUAUAUACACGAAUUGUUCCCAGGUGUUACAAUUGAAAAUGUAGAAAUUGCUUAUAAUAUAUCAAAACUCCAUGUUCGCAACGCAGAAUAUGAACGCUAUGUAGAUGCUCGGAAAUACUGUGAACAUCAUCGAGAGAGAGACACAUUAAUGAUACGUCCGGAAUUUUGGUCUUGCAAGAAGGAGAAUGCUUAUGAGUAUUAUCAACGCAAAGAGCACGCGUUAAGGAAUGAAAUAGAACGUUUGAGAGCCGCCGCAUGUAACGAGCCUUUAGGCAUCGCUUUCCUGACCGCUUCCACUGUUCAAGAGGCGCAAGAUAUUGUGGCUCAUUUCAAUCCUGGUACCUAUCGUCAAUGGACUCUUGAAUUUGCUCCUUCAAUGGAUGAUUUAUUUUGGGAAAAUCUGAACGUUAAUCCUGGCCAUUGGAUGCUUAAGUGGACCAUUGUCAAUUUAUUAUUAUUCAUGACGCUCUUCUUUCUAACUACUCCAGCUAUGAUAGUGAAUCUCAUAGACAGUAUUGCAAUUGCUAAAGAUAAUAUUCCUACUUUAUCACCAUUGAUUUCGGAAUUUUUGCCUACUUUGAUGCUCUGGACUUUGUCGAUAUUGAUGCCCGUGAUGGUGGCCUUCUCCGACAAAUGGAUGAGUCAUUAUACGCGUUCUAAGCAAAACUACUCGAUAAUGACGAAAUGUUUCGGUUACUUGCUUUUUAUGAUUCUGAUUCUACCAUCUUUGGGUUUAAGUUCGGCUCAGGCUCUGUUAGAAUGGAGUGUGAGUAACGAUACAUUGCGUUGGCAAUGCAUCUUCUUACCAGAUCGCGGUUCGUUUUAUGUUAAUUACAUUAUAACUGCGGCUUUCAUUGGUACGUCUUUGGAAUUGUUACGUUUUCCGGAAUUAAUUGUAUACAUGUGGAUGUUGAUUACGGCUAAAACUAAAGCGGAAACACCCUCCAUUCGUAAAUACAUACUAAUUGAAUUUCCCUUUGGAAUUCAUUACGCGUGGACUACUCUGGUAUUCACAAUAUCCGUUGUCUAUAGUGUAUUUUGUCCAAUUAUUAUGCCCUUUGCUAUGAUUUACAUAUGUUUCAAACAUUUUGUAGAUCGUUACAAUUUAUACUUUGCCUAUGGGCCAUCGAAUAUGCUAUCGCGUAAUGGUGGUAAAAUACAUUCCACCGCCGUAACAAUGACCAAAUUCUCGGUUGUGUUGCUGCUGCUAAUUAUGGUAAUGAUAUCGGCCAUAAGAGGUGCGGGCUUAACAAGAGCUGUAGUACUUGUAGCAGCAUUAAUAAUUACGCUAACUCUUUUCACAUUUAUGUCGCCGAUAAAACGUUGCACCCAAGCGCGACGUCCUAGUAUAGUUGAAAUGGCUGGACCCGCGCCAGUAUACAUUCCCAAUGUGCUUAUACCUCGCGCCGUGAGCUCCACGGUGAGCACCGACUUUCCUAGCGCAGGCGCCCCAUCUGGUAUUUACAGUGGCUAUGGCUCGGAUAGUGUGUCCGAUUUUGAUAUUAGCUCACAAUGCAGCGCGAAUAAUAUAGAAGCAUAAAGAUUAUAACUCCCAUAUGUAACAGUUGUAUACAUCUGCCUAUUUUACUCGUUUAUUUUGCGUAUUAUUUCACAGAAAUUGUGGUGAUUAUCUCUCAUUCUAUUUUAUUUUUAUUAUUUAUCGAAAAUUGUCUGCAAGACAUUUUUUUUUUUUUUUAUCUAAAAAAAAUAAUUUUGCAAGUUUAUUGUUAAUUGUAAAGUAUGAUGCGAUUAUGUAAAUACUAUUUUUAAUGCCUUAAGCUUUUUUUUUUUGUUUUUAAUAUUAAAAAAUUGGAUAUAUUUGGCCUCUUGAAAUGUCAGGCCAACAGAAUCAGCUUUAUUGAAAAUAUACAAAUAUUGAUUUAUAUAACUUUACUAUGCGAGCCAAAAUAA